CGUGAAAUUAAGGAGUUAUUUUGGAACCGACUCUUAAACUAAUAUGCCUUAGAUUUGUUCAAAAUUCCAUAUUUUUUCCAUUUCAAAUUUCAAAUUACUUUUAGAAUUUAACAACAAAAAGAGACCUUUUUUCCCAAACAACUACACUUUAUAUUCAGAUACGUAUCAGGCAACUGUUCGGCUACCGUAUGACACGCAUUUCAUUUGGGGAAAGGAAAAAGUGAAACUCCCGGAGAGUAGAAGAGGAAGGAUUUUCCAACUUAUUACUCAAGAUUAAUCUUUUCAAGUUAAGUAAUACUUUGGCGAAUGCUACCACGACUGAUCUAGUAGUAAUUCAUCGCAGAAGUUGGCGUUGAAGAUAUUAAGUAUCUUAAAUGGGUUGGGGUGCUUCGACUGAGUGCAAUAGAAAAGGACCAGAUUACUUUGGGCUUUUUGCAUCUGAGGUGGCAGAGUUACUUUCUCAGGAUGGAGAUUUUCUGCCAUUUUCAGAUCAGAUAUUUGAGAAUUCUGGAGAAGUAAGUAGUGCUGUCGAAGAAAAGAAUAGUAGUAUGGGUACCUAUAACGCCAAGGAGUUUAGGUACACCGGUGGGUCUGCUUCCUUAUUUUCUGAUUGUUUUGGAUCUCAUGUUUCGGAUUUUAGAACGGAAAGAUUGAAGUUGUUGCUUCGGCAAAGUAUUGUUGCUCUUUCACGGGAAGUGGACGAGAUUCUGGAUCCUAUAUUUUCCAUAUGUCAGUUGCGAUCAUGCCUAAGGUAUAAAGAAAGUUUAUUAGCUGUACCAUGUGCUGUAUCUGACUCUGAUCAAGGGAACCAUCCUCAGAAGAAGCUCAAAGCGUCCCCUUUCCCAGAUAUGCAGGAUUCAGAAAGAGAGGACCUGGAUAUAUUGCCAUCUGGAGGAAUGUCGAGUGACGAUGUUCAAAAAGUUGAAGGAGAACAGUUUAAAAGAUCCCUUGCAAAGAUGGACCAAAAUGAAUUGGGUUCAAAUGUUGGAGCAGCUCCUGAAGACUGGGAUGUCCACAAUGAUUUGCAGUUUCUGCUAAAAAAUGAUAGUGCAAAGGUUGAGAGUGUGAUGAAGAAGCAUUGCGAUGAACUUUUAGAUACGCUUGGAUACAUGGAGGAGAAGCUUGAAGAACUUCUUGAUAUUGUUAUGUCAAAUUGCAGGUUAAUGACCUUACCUGAGAAACAACACCUUCGGCGGCUGAUACGGGACCUCCCACCUAGGAAUCUUGAUCGCGUGGUCGAGAUUUUAUGCCGUGGUAAGCAAGUAGAGCAACAUUCUUGCAGUGAGGUGCAUGUUGAUCUAGAAAAAGAGGACAAAGCAACACUGUGGAGAUUGUAUUUCUACAUUGAAACAGUAGAAAAUGCUAAGAGGCUUCAUGAGGUGUAAUACUAAGUGGUGACAAUUGACAAGGCCCUUCAUGAGACUGGGGACAUUCGUGAUUUAGAUCUUCUCGUCGAAAUAGAUCUCUGGUGGUUAUGUUGGAGGCGUCUCAACUCAAGAUUUUGGAGGCCAAUGGCUGGUGUUGAUAUAACUCAGCCUUGUGUGCAGACUGCUGGUCUUUGAUGACAAAUAGAGGCAACAUAGACACAAAUCACAUAUUCAAUGGCUGUGUAUGGUGCCUUUCAGUUUUAUUUCCUCAUCACUUAUAGAAUGUCACAAACUACUGUAGUGAUCCAGCCAUCAACUAUUGUAAAUUUCCCAAGCUUUAUAGCAUCUUAAGAAUUUACAUACCAUGAUUAGUUAUGCACAACGUGAGACUUUUGUCAUCAGUUUGUUUGUCAAGUCGAAGAGGUGUAAUUGAUCAGAGGCAAGUUUCACAGAGAAGCCUGACAUAAUAAAUUUUAUCAUAUAGACCUAA